AUGGACCCUUUUGAUGACAUCGAUCUAGAACCCCUACUUGAUGCCUCAGUAUGGCACGAAGCGCACGAAUGCUUUCCAGACGACGGAACAAGUAGAAAGAAACGACCAUAUGAAGACCUAUACGAGGUUGUACCACUCUGGCUUUACGCUCGGACGUGUCUUGAGGAAGAAAAUGAAGGAGAGAUAAUAAGAGACUUGUUGUUAACGGAUCGAGAACACCAGCGUCCUGUGAACAGACUCCCUCGGAACAUCCUCGCGCUCAUCUUUGAAGCUCUGCGUGAUACCACUAGUACUUGGCAUCCUCUACAGUCUCGUCUUUCAACUGGCUCUUCUUCCUCGCAAAGUCAAACGCAGUAUGUGAAACCGUAUUCGUGGUUAGAUAUCACUCUCGUCUGUCGCCACUGGCGAAACACAGCAUAUACUCACCCUUCACUAUGGACUUACGUUGACUUAUCAUAUGAUCGAGAAGUCGUUCGCUCACUGCUCAUUCUCUCCGAAGACGACUCUCUUUACAUAUAUUCUGAUACUUCUACCUCUGGACAUGAAGUCACAACCGUCUCUGACGUUGGUGACUAUGCAAUUCGUUUGGACCUGGUAAUGGACGAACAAGCACGAAUAAAGGAACUCGAGCUGAACUUAUCCUCAACGAAACACGUCAAACUAGUCCCAUGGAAACAAUUCUGUUCUCAUCCCUCCCCUCGACUCACGAAAUUAGUCUGUCGGGGAACCUCAAAUAACAUCAAACCAGAAAAACGUCGUCUUCCGGCUUUCAAGAAGAAAAACUUGCCUCUCUUACGAGAGUUGGUGUUGGACGGGUUGUACCCGAAAUGGAGUGAGACGUGUAUACCUACGCUCACUCACUUGGAGAUUCGGAACGUGAAUGAUACACGAGAUGGUUGUGUUCGAGAAUUCAAUAGGUUCCUUUCGGGUUGCACAGAACUUCGGGAGCUGAAGCUCGAGUCUUGUAAUCUGACGAGAUAA